AUGUCUUCCUUUGGCUCUUACAACUUUGGGGUCGAAUUGGAGCUCAUUGCAGAACCCAAGCGAGUGCGACACCCUCUGUUACGCGCUGUUUACUAUGAAGAGCUGGCAACAUCAUUGAGAUAUGAUGGCGCCGAAGCAGAAGCAGACAAGCUCAACCAGAGAUACCGAAAACGUCCAGAACACUACGAUAAGUGGUGGAUUACAAAAGACGGAUCAUUGGGAGAUCCUGAGCACCCGUGUAUUCCGCUAGAGGCUGUCUCGCCUAUAUUCUCCACUGACUACACAUGGGAGAACGAGGUGGACACCUUCUGGAACUCUUGGGAUCGUGUAUUCCACAUGCCAGAGUCAUCCAUCGCCUGCGGAAGCCAUGUUCAUGUAUCACCAUCACCAGACAUGGAAUUUGACCUGGACCAACUUCGCAACAUUGCUUUUGGCAUCGUCUACUAUGAACCAUUGGUUAUUCGCCUGCUUCCAUACCAUCGACAGAACAACAAGUACUGCAGACCUAACACGCUGCGUUCUGGACCAUUGUAUGACCUCAUGUCGAGCUAUCACGAAGAAGCAGCACUCAGAGAACUAUGGGACACCCUCGAUGAUGAUUUUGACGAAGAAGACAUCAGAGAUCUUAUGCAAUCUGGCCCAGAGCCGAAGCAGGAGAGAUAUGUUCUCUGGAACUUCGACAACACCUAUGGGAGUGGCUCUGGUAGCAUCGAAUUUCGAGGAGGGCCAGGCUUGAGAGGCCCUGUCAAGACGAAGAGGUGGAUAUCCUUUGUUGUCGCUUUCAUCCACAUGUGCACAAAUAUGGAUGUCGCAUCAUGGAGCUCCUUCGCAAGGCCAAGUAUGGACAAAUUCUGGAGAGAUUUACGUCGGUCUGCGCAAGCUGUCAGUGUCAAAGAGAACCUUCCAUCAGACUGGAGAGUCAUGGCAGGGCUAGUCAGCGGCAAUUCCUAUGAAGAGUCUGCUGUUGAUGACUUCAGUGAUUCAGGCUACAGUGAUGACUCAUCUAUCAUGGGCAAAUCGGACUCUGAAUAUUCCGAUUCUGAGUAUAGUGAUGGAGAAUAUGAAGCCCUGCAGCAGGAGUUAAUCCGGGAGAGAGAACAUCGGUGCACAAUUCUUUAG